GAGGCGUCCAUUGGCGAGUAUAGACUUGUGCUGUUUUUGUCGGCUUGUCGCUGUCGUUGUUGCUGUUGCUGUUGCUGCCCCGGUGCACAUUGUAAGCCUAUGUUAACUACGCCUAGACUUCACGUACACCGCCGUUCACCAUGGAGAAACUGACGACCGUUCACCCGUUGAAUAACAUUGCCUACGAGAAACUGAGAGUUGCCAUUAUAGGACAAAGCAUAUUUGCAGUGGAAGUAUACAAGGCGCUCGUCGCUGAUGGACACACUAUAGCUGGAGUCUUUACAAUACCUGAUAAGAAUGGAAAAGUAGACCCACUUGCUCAGCUUGCUGAAAAAGAUGGAGUCCCUCUGUUCAAAUUCAAGGCGUGGCGGCAGAAGGGUGUCGCCAUUCCAGAGGUGGUCGAGCAGUACAGGCAGACGAAACCCGAUCUCAACAUCCUCCCCUACUGUAGCCAGUUCAUUCCGAUGGACAUCAUUGAACACCCGCGUCUUCACAGCAUCAUCUACCACCCCUCGCUCCUGCCACGACACCGCGGCGCCUCGGCUAUCAACUGGACUCUACUGUGUGGAGACAAGAAGGCUGGAUUCUCAAUCUUCUGGGCAGAUGAUGGGCUGGAUACGGGAGAUAUCCUGAUGAUGAGGGAAUGCUUUGUCAAACCCGACGACAAUGUCGACUCUCUCUAUAACAGAUUCAUGUUUCCGGAGGGUAUCAAAGCCAUGAGAGAGUCGGUGAUGUUGAUUGCUCAGGGGCGGGCACCCAGAAUCAAACAACCAAAGGAGGGAGCAACAUAUGACGCAAUGUUUCAGAAGAAAGCAGUGGCUGAGAUCACAUCGUGGGACAAGUCUACGCUCGAGCUGCACAACUGGAUCCGGGGUUGUGACCACAAUCCGGGAGCCUGGUGCAAGAUCAAUGGGCAGAUGGUGACGUUCUAUGGAAGUAGUGUGUGGAGGCGGGCACGUCCAAUCAAGUGCAGAAAGGUGGAGAUCGCCGGGAUGAAGGAGCCAGCUCUAGUACACAGCGAUGGCAUGAUUCUGUUUGCCAACGAUGGAGGCAUGAUUAACAUCAGAAGUUUGGAACUAGAGACUGGCAAGAUGAUCAAAGCUUCUAAGUUUGGUCAGGAGGAAGAGGAGGAGGAAUUGAUAUUCACAGCCGAUGAGGAGACGAUAGUGGAGAGCUUAAAGGGAAUUUGGAAAUCGAUUUUGCAAACCGACACUAUAGAAGACGAAACUGACUUUUUUAAAUCCGGAGCUGGUUCAAUGGACGUGACAAGGCUGGUCGAAGAAGUGAAGGACAAGUGUGGCGGUCUGACACUGACCACAGAAGACGUCUACAUGGGCACGACGUUUCAGGAGUUUGUGAGAAACUGCAUUCUGAAAUCCCGAGGCGGUGACACCAGCGACGAGGUCAAAUACGAUCCCGUGAACCUGCGAGUGAACAACAUGGACGUGUGCUUCCCGCACCAGCUGUUCAUCAACAACGAGUUUGUCGACUCGGUGAGCGGACGUGCGUACGCCACGAUCAACCCGAGCGAUGAGUCGGUCAUCUGCUCCAUCGCCAAGGCGUCCAAGGAAGACGUGGACGUCGCAGUUCACUGCGCCGGUGAAGCGUUCUCCCAUGGAGAGUGGGGGAAAAUGAGUGCGCGUGACCGAGCGAGGCUCAUGUACAAGCUGGCUGACCUGAUGGAAGAACAUAAAGAGGAGCUGGCAACCAUUGAGUCUAUCGAUUCGGGAGCCGUGUAUACGCUGGCGUUGAAAACACACAUCGGCAUGUCCAUCGACGCGUUCAGAUAUUUUGCUGGCUGGUGCGACAAAAUACAGGGGCAGACUAUUCCGAUCAGCCACGCGCGGCCCAACCGUAACCUGUCGUACACGGUAAAGGAGCCGAUCGGUGUCUGCGGCAUCGUCACGCCGUGGAACUACCCGCUCAUGAUGCUCGCGUGGAAGAUGUCCGCCUGCCUCGCCGCCGGCAACACCGUCGUACUGAAGCCUGCGCAGGUGACUCCGCUGACCGCACUGAAGUUUGCAGAACUGGUUGUAAAAGCUGGAUUCCCUCCAGGUGUCAUAAACAUCCUGACAGGCUCAGGUGCCGAGAUUGGAGCUGCAUUAACUGGUCACCCAGAUAUUCGGAAGCUGGGCUUCACUGGAUCAACCGAGGUUGGACAGGAGAUCAUGCGAUGCUGUGCAAUGAGCAACCUUAAGAAGUGUUCGUUAGAGCUUGGAGGCAAGUCUCCGCUCAUUAUCUUCGCUGACUGUGAUUUGGACAGAGCUGUGAAACAGGCUAGCGGUGCCGUGUUCUUUAACAAGGGAGAGAACUGCAUCGCAGCGGGUCGCAUCUUUGUGGCCGAUUCCAUUCACGAUGAGUUUGUCAACAGAAUGAUAGCCGAAGUGGGCAAGAUGAAAAUUGGUGAUCCAUUAGACAGAGCCACGGCGCACGGCCCCCAAAACCACAAGGCACAUUUUGACAAACUGCUUGAAUAUCUUGAGAUUGGAGAGAAGGAGGGUGCUACCCUCGUAUAUGGAGGAAAACGAUUGGACAGAAAGGGAUUGUUCCUGGAGCCGGCAAUCUUCACCGACGUGACGGACAGCAUGUAUGUCGCGCAGGAAGAAUCGUUCGGACCAAUAAUGGUCAUCUCCAAGUUUGACGACAUGGACGUGGCGGACGUCAUCCACCGCGCCAACCGGACGGAGUUUGGUCUCGCCUCGGGAAUCUUCACGAAGGACAUCAACAAGGCGAUGCACAUCGCCGACCGGCUCGAGGCCGGCACGGUGUUCGUGAACACCUACAACAAGACGGACGUCGCCGUGCCCUUCGGAGGGUUCAAGCAGUCCGGCUUCGGAAAGGAUCUAGGUGAGGAGGCAUUACACGAGUGGCUCAAGAUCAAGGCUGUGACCGUGGAAUACGAGACGUGUGACUUCGAUUACUGAAGUCCCCGCUCUUCCUUCCGCAAACAAACUAACGAUUGACGGCAACACAGAAAACGCCAUGCAUGUUGGAAUAGUUGGCUGUGUUAAUGUAGAUUAAUCUAUCCCUGAAUUUUAUCGGUUUUUCUGCUUAUCAUGUUUUAAGUAAAAAUAUUAGAUUUCACUUAUUUUUGCAACACGGUGUGAUACAGACGCCAUUAAAUGACGCCGUAAAAUGUGUUUAGAUAUUGCCUAUAAUUUUAUAUAUCGUUGAAAGCACAUGAAAUGUGCUUUCCAAUUUCAACUCGUAUGCAGUGGCUAAACUAAAAUUUGUUAAAUUAAAAAAAAUAACUAAAAUACUAUAGUGAGUUACUUUAGUAAUUUAGCAGUGGUUAUUAGGUACAACGAUGAUACUAAGGUGUUAGUAGUUGAGUGUAAAGCAUGAUGGUUUUUACCGUGGACUUUUGUAUUAAAAUUUUAUUUGAACAAGACUAAAGCAAACAUAAGUCACUACUAAAAAACGUAUAACUCCCAGAUCAUGAAAAUGGGCCUGAAAAAAAUGAUGAAAAACUGAGAUCUAGAAAAAUUCACAGUUAAAAUCCACGUUCUUAGUGUAUUUUUCAACCUCGCAUACGGUUACGUUUGUUGCAAUUAUCUAUUGAGGUUUUUGAUCAAUCCGUAACAGAGCUGUGUUUUCAGUUCCACCCACACAAUUUUUACCCAGGGUGCGAUCGUAUCACCAGUGGCCAAUCACUAGUGAUCGAUAAAGAUGUGACUUGGGUUCAGCUAUGCAAAUGUGAAUAUGAUGAUAUGUACUGAAGUAUGACUAUGACGGAGUACUGAUAGCUUGCCACCUCUCACGAGCUUGAAAUAUUUGUGUAAACAUUCUAUGCACGUACGCCACCCCGCACAUAGUACGGCAGCCCACGUAGUAGACGUAACUUAAUUGCUAUCGGUUGAGUCAGGCGUGGGCGAACUGCGGGUACGCUAUAUCCCCGGGUUAUAUCAUGAACGUGUGCAUACUCGUGAAUAUACCUACUGAGUAUAAUCAUCUAUCCUGUUGUAUCAUGAACAUGAACAUAUCUCUGUAUAUACAUGUGUUGUAUGUAUCUGAAUACGGUUAAACACGGUAGCUACAUUGGGGUCGGACAAUGAUAAACCAAGGAGUUGAUUUGCAUUCUCAAUGUGUUGCAAAAAAGGUAAAGUCGAGAUGCGGAUGGUAUAGGCGUCUACGUGUAUUUCGACUUUGCUUUUGCCAUUGACUUGUCCCACCAGGCCGCAUGACUACCUCAGACUAACGUCAAUACACGUCUUUUGAUACAUGACCGUUGACACAUGAGUUUCUGUGGUAGCUUUUUUAUGAGGCAAAUUUUCAGGAUUUAGAGGUUGUACGUUUUUAGCAAUGACGGUGUACUUUUUUGGGUGAAAGUGAUAUUAUAUGUUUAUAAUAUCAUUAUAUCAGUAUUAGUGCAUCACAUGAUAAAUCGUUGAAAUUCCAUUGGAUAACGUCGCAGGUACUAUGAAACAAUAGUUGCACGACGCAGUGCGCUUGCGAUACUCGGACAAUACUUUUAUUCCAAUGUUUAUUCCAGUUGCAAUGUGUUACGUUUGUAUUUUAAUACAAAUUGAAAUUAUUCGUUUAAGAAACUUUGUCUUAUUCACUUCAUAUUUGCCGAGUAGAUUGCAA